CCAUUUCUAUAUAUAUAUAUAUAUAAAAUAAAGGGAUGCAUACACAAACUUGAUAUUAUUAGAGAUUGAGCAAUGGGGGUUAACAGCAGCAGCAAGUCAACCACCAAUCCAGCACUGGAUCCGGAUCUCGACAACCCGGAUCAGUCGGAUCUGGAGUUUGCCCAAUUUGCUGCCGGCUGCUUUUGGGGAGUCGAAUUGGCCUUCCAGAGGGUUGGAGGAGUAGUGAAGACGGAGGUUGGGUACUCUCAGGGGAAUGUCCAUGACCCGAAUUACAACCUUAUUUGCUCCGGAAAAACCGAACAUGCCGAGGUCAUUCGGAUCCAGUUUGACCCGAAUGUCUGCCCCUAUUCCAAUCUUCUUUCUCUAUUUUGGAGUCGCCAUGACCCGACCACUCUAAAUCGCCAGGGUAAUGAUGUGGGAAAGCAAUACCGCUCAGGAAUAUACUACUAUAAUGAUGCUCAGGCUCAACUGGCAAGGGAAUCAUUGGAAGCUAAGCAGAAUGAAUUAACGGAUGGGAAUAUUGUCACGGAAAUUCUUCCUGCUAAGAGAUUUUAUAGAGCUGAAGAGUAUCACCAGCAAUAUCUAGAGAAGGGUGGGGGCGGAGGUUGCAAGCAGUCGGCUGCAAAGGGCUGCAACGACCCAAUAAAGUGCUACGGUUGACAGCAAAUCUUUGUAUGUCAAAGCAACUACAAAAGAACUUGUUAGACAUUUGUCUUGCUUGUUUUUAAAUUUGAAUAAACAUGUUAAUGAUUCUUGAUAUUUCUUAUAAGUAUUUGCUCUCUUGGAUGGAAUAACUAGUUGUCGUUAAGUAUUCUCCUCCUGGUCGUUA